AGUAACACGCGAACAAGCGAUGAGUCUUCUCAAGGUAACGUUCGGAGCUAUAGCCUGGUCACUGAGUCUGUUCUAUUCCAUCCGGGUGCUGUUCUUCAUCGCGGUGCAGUUUUUUACCAAGCCACAUUCCAAGUUUUGGGUCGUCAAGAAGCGUCCCUAUCCGCCGCAAUGUCUCCAGAAGCAUGACUACGGAGUGAGCCAGUUUAUCACGGUGAAUGGCGUUAAGCUGCACUACGUCGAAAAUGGCGAUCCAAGCAAGCCGCUGAUGAUAUUCGUCCAUGGCUUCCCGGAGUUUUGGUUCUCAUGGCGAUAUCAGCUAAAGGAGUUUUCCAAGGACUAUUGGGUGAUUGCCGUUGACAUGCGAGGAUAUGGAGAAUCAGAUAAACCGAAAGAUUUGAGCGCUUAUCAGGUGUCCAAUAUGGUACAAGAUAUCAAAGAGCUUGUCAUUGCAUUAGGUCGUAAAAAGUUUACCCUAGUGGCUCACGAUUGGGGAGCGGCAAUUUGCUGGGAAUUUGUGUCCCAACACAUGGACAUGCUAGAUAAGUACAUCAUGAUGGAUGCUCCCUCGAGAGGAGUUGCCCGCAAGCUGAUUUUUUCCAGUAAGGAGCAGUUCAAAAUGUCUUGGUACAUGUUCUUUUUCCAGAUGCCAAAAUUGCCUGAAUUUUUUAUACGGAUGAACGACUUGAAGACGUUUGAAAUGGCAUUGGGAAAGCAUUGCACACCGGAGGAGGUUGAGGCCUUCAAGUACACGUUUUCCAAAAAAGGAGCCCUAACUCCACCAAUCAAUUACUACCGAGCAAACUUUGCUAGCACGUCGAAAUGGACUCCCAACCCGCCAAAGGACAUUCCGCACGUACCGGGGCUAUACUUGCUGGGAGAGAAUGAUUUGUACAUAUCGAAAGCAACCGGUGAGAUGUUACAGAAAAGGUUCAACAAUCUGGAGUUUAAAAUUAUCCCAGGAACGGGCCACUUCGUACAGCAGGAGAAUCCGGAUAUGGUGAACAAGUUGAUGCGGGAGUUCCUAGAGAAGAAAUAAAUCCUAGUUGUGACGACAA